CCAAAACCAACGAAUGAAUGAAUCACACUCCCUCUAUUACCUACACACACACACACACACACACACACACAACCACGCAGACAAACAAGUACUCCUAAGUAGACGAUGACUCAUGAGCGCGCGCAAGUCCAUCCGAACCCUCCGAACGGACAGACGGGAUCGUCACCCCCCAAAAAAGAAUAGAAGAAAGAAGAACCGAACAAAAAUAGAAAUAGAAAAAGACCAACAGCAAUCAAUCAUCCCAUCUCGUCAAACAGCCGACAGGCACGCAACGCAGGUGGCGAAACCCAGCACCGGCACCAGCACCAGCACCAGCACCAGCACCAGCACUAGCACCAGCAGCAUAGCAUCAAGGCACAGCAGCAGGUAGGUAGGGCUUUUCCAAAAAAGGGGGUUGCUAUAAAAAGUACAUACAUACAAAAAUGCGAAUGAAUCAGAAAGCAAUCGUAGCUGCUCUCAUCAACUCGACUCCUUCCUUUCCCGGCUUUGAAUGAUUGA